GGCGGUAUAAAAGGCCCGCCGGCUCGGAUGGGCGCCGUCACAGACCACACGGCUCCACAGCAGCGCCAGGAUGGCAGCCAUUAAGAAGAUGUUGGCAGCAGCAGUUAUGGCCGCAGUGUGCUUGCACGCAAGCGCAGGCGGCCACGGCGGGGGCGGUGGUGGUGGAGGCGGGCACGGCGGUGGUGGAGGCGGCGGAGGAUACGCAGGCCCCGGCGGUCACGCGCACUCGUACGCCUACUUCCACGGCCCCGUGGAGGGCGGUCACCACGAGAUCGUCGUGGACGGAGGCGACGGCGGCGGCGGGGGCGGCGGUCACGGGGGUGGCCACGGACACGGCGGACACCACCACACCCACACCGGCGGAAAGUACGUCGACUACGUGGCUCAUCCUCGGUAUGAGUACGCAUACGGUGUAGCUGACGGCCACUCAGGGGACCACCACAGCCAGAAGGAAUCCCGAGAUGGAGACAAAGUCGUUGGAGAGUACACAAUUAAGGAACCCGGCGGCAACGUGCGGACAGUGAAGUACUACUCGGACAAGAAGGGCGGUUUCUUCGCCGAGGUCCAUAACAGCGGCGGAAACGACCACUCCGGAGGCACCUACGGAGGCUACAGCCACGGAGGACACGGCGGCGGCGGCGGCGGCGGCGGCCACGGAGGCGGGCAUGGCCACUAGAAAUACGACUCGGCGGAACCACUGCAAUACAAGCUCAGCUUAAGCUUUUUGUACUUUCCUGUUGAAUUUUUGUUUGUAUAUAAUUUUUACAAUUGAAUUAUAAAAUAAUUUAUUACGAUUAGAA